CCCCCUUAUGACGUUAGCAACCUGCAAGUCAACGAAUGAAGUAAUGAAGCAUUGACUGAGCCCCUACGGGAGAUACCGGGAGGCUGUCGCUUUGCACACUGUCAGAGUCCCUGUCACCAGAGGACCGGAACGGAGGAAGGUCGACGCGAACAAUGCGAGCUACCCAGUAACGGAGUGGAGACGAACAGAACCAGACGUGUUCUAAAAGUAAGAAAACACCCCCCCUCCUAAAAAAAAAGAGAAGAAAACAGACGGACGGACAAGCGGAUCCAUUGCAGCCCACGUUUGGAAGCCUAAUAGGUGCGGAGGCUGCGUACUGUUGUUCCGUGGAGCAAAACGAGUGGAGCCGAGUUUAAAUGUUCUAACGGUUCCACCGCCGCUUUGAGAGUACUUGAGAGAGGAAGUGAGAGAACGACAGCGGGAUUGCAAAAUCGGGAAUUGCAAUCAGUUUGAAGCCUUUUUUGAAGUGCAUUUGUUUCCUUGGGUGCAGUCACUGGUAACGCUAUCAAGCUGUGUUCUUUAGCCAUGGGAUGUACUUUGAGCGCAGAGGAGAGGGCUGCUCUGGACCGGAGCAAAGCCAUCGAGAAGAACCUCAAGGAAGACGGGGUCACCGCCGCCAAAGAUGUCAAGCUGUUGCUGCUCGGGGCUGGAGAGUCAGGGAAAAGCACCAUCGUAAAACAGAUGAAGAUCAUCCACGAGGACGGUUUCUCUGGUGAUGAUGUAAAGCAAUACAAGCCUGUUGUUUACAGCAACACCAUCCAAUCUCUAGCUGCCAUUGUUCGCGCCAUGGAUACACUGGGCCUUGAUUAUGGAGAUAAAGAGAGGAAGGCAGAUGCCAAGAUGGUGUGUGAUGUAGUUAGUCGUAUGGAGGACACAGAGCCUUACUCCAGCGAGCUGCUCUCUUCCAUGAUGCGUCUCUGGUCCGACUCAGGUAUCCAGGAAUGUUUCAGCCGGGCUCGGGAGUACCAGCUCAACGAUUCAGCGCAGUACUACCUCGACAGCCUAGAUCGGAUCGGUGCUGCGGACUACCAGCCAACAGAGCAGGACAUUCUGAGGACGCGGGUGAAGACUACUGGCAUUGUGGAAACAUUCAGGUAUGAGUACAAUUUAUUAAAUAAUGACUCAACGCACUCGCACACACAGGGACUUUAUGGCUGUCAGAUAUUUCUAUAAUGUAACGUGACUGAGUUAGAUGAUGUUUUUAAAGUCUUGUCUGUAAAUGUGGGAAUGUGCUUUACAUCUAUCAGGCUGUUUGAUGUCGGAGGCCAGAGGUCAGAGAGGAAGAAGUGGAUCCAUUGUUUUGAGGACGUCACUGCCAUCAUUUUCUGCGUCGCGCUCAGUGGAUACGACCAGGUGUUGCACGAGGACGAGACCACGAAUCGCAUGCACGAGUCUCUGAUGCUGUUUGACUCAAUCUGCAACAACAAAUUCUUCAUCGACACCUCCAUCAUCCUCUUCCUCAAUAAGAAAGAUCUGUUUGCAGAGAAGAUCAAGAAGUCGGCGCUCAGCAUCUGUUUCCCUGAAUACACAGGACCAAACACCUACGACGACGCAGCAGCUUAUAUCCAAGCACAAUUUGAGAGCAAAAACCGCUCUCCGAAUAAGGAAAUCUACUGUCACAUGACCUGCGCCACAGAUACAGGGAACAUCCAGGUGGUGUUUGAUGCCGUGACCGAUAUCAUCAUCGCCAACAACCUCCGAGGAUGUGGCUUGUACUAAGCACAUCCAUGUAAUACCCCCACCUACCCGCCCCUUCCUUUUUCCUUACCUGUCCUCUUCCACUUUGUCCUCCUGCUCAACCCGUCUCUUCUGACACUGGUGUGGAAAUGAUGAUGCUAAUGAAUGCUGAUUAAAAAAAGAUGAAGAAAAAUGCAGCUAGGUAUAUAUUAAUGAGGAUAAUAAAAAAUAUAUUAGACAUACAUAUAUAAAUACACUA